AUGUGCAAACACAUUUAUAUAUUUCUCUGUUUGGUCACGCUGACGUACUGCGACCAAAAUGUUACAGAGUAUAAAGGUCUUCUCACACCUGAAUGUACCCGAUCAUACAACCGAAUAUACGUUACACGGAGGGUUCCGCCACGAGAUUAUUAUUACUUUCACGAAAACCUCGACAGGGAAAAGGAAACAGCCUCCAGAAAUUUUUAUGCCAACACGACGAACGUGGACGUCAAAUGGAGAAUAGUCGGUGGGAAAAUAAUAUCAAUAACAGAGGCGCCUUACCAAGUGCUGUAUGGGCUUUACUGUGGGGGAAGUCUUAUUGCUCCACAAUGGGUUCUUACCGCUGCACAUUGUAAAGAAAAAGAAACGCACGUUUACGCCGGCUCCACGCAGCGCAGUAGAGCGACUAAGUACAGAAUCUGUGCACACUUCACGCACCCGCUGUGGAACCUAUCGGGAACCCACUCCCACGACUUUGAUUACCAGCUAGUGCUCCUGGAGACCCCGGUGCCUGUUACGGCGAGCUCGAGGCCAAUAGCCAUCGGGAGCGUAGACGACGUGAAGCCAGGAGAUUUGGUGGCGGUCAGCGGUUGGGGUCACUUGCAGUUUAAGAAAAGCAGAAUGCAAGAUCUACUGCGAAGAGUUUACGUUCCGGUGCUUUCUGACGAUGAAUGCAAGGGUUUGGCGAAUGGUUACUUCGACAACAUAACGCCGAGAAUGUUCUGCGCGGGGUACCUUCAAGGUAGUAAGGACUCUUGUCAGGGAGACUCCGGUGGUCCAGCUGUGAGCAACGGAAAGCUGGUGGGGCUGGUUUCGUUCGGGGUCGGCUGCGCGUUACCUGACCAACCUGGGGUCUACAGCAACAUACCCGUCGUCCGUGACUGGAUCAGAUCCGUCACGGCGUUGCCGCUU